GCCGCUUUAAUGUUUUGCCCAGUUCUUCUCCCAGUGUUCUCAAAAAAACGGGAAAAACUCAAAAUAUGAGGCAAAUCCCGGAGUGAUUCACCCCCUCUCAGAAUAACAAAACAAUAAUGCCCCUGGAAUUUAUUGUCUCGACGAGUAUGAAGUGCAAGAGACACUGGUUGCGGUAAUAGCGAAUGUAAUAACGGAUGGAAUCGUUCGAUUAAUCCGUCAAGAGACCCUUUGUCAUGGACAUGCAGGCGCCGAACGUGUACGCCUCCAUCCCUGGUAUUCCCGAAUUGGGAAUGGUAUGGAUGGGUGACAUGAUGGUCCAUGGUGAACCUAGUCACGAGCUGAUGCUGGAUCCACGUCAGGCUGAGAGUCCAUAUUUCACUCAUGGAACCCAUGCAUUUGAUAAUAUUAGAAAUCAUCAAAUGGCACAGACAACAAUGGUCAGAUAUAUGCCACAGCAAUUUACUAAUGAGUGCUCGGAAACUGAGGAAACUAUGGAGCCUCCUGAUGGACAAGAUAUGCAUCAGGAGUACGAACCCCAGCCAGACAACCCAGAAAUGAGUGAAUACCUCACUCUGGACGACUACAUAGAGGAGGAGCAGAUGGAGAUGGUAGUGAACAACGCAGCGACGCAGACAACCCAAGACAGUAGAAAUCGCAAGAUCAAGCCGAUAAAGCACCCAAACCUGGUCCUGAAGACUCCAAUCGCCUACCAGCCCACCACAGACCUCAACUUCAUUCCCAUCCGCAAGGACGGCAUAGCAGUCUGCGAGAAAUGUGGUGCCAUAGGUGUGAAGCACGCCUUCUACACGAAGGAGCGUAGAUUCUGCAGUCGAGCCUGCGCUCGUUCCUCCGAGCACCACCAGCACAAUCCCAACGCCGACUCCACGAGGAGUCCCUCGCACACGUCGGACCAGUCCUCGACGAGUUCAGACCCUCCGAACGACAGCUCGAACCCACCGCAGCCCUCGAAGCCCUCGAGAAACGAGUCGAAGGCCAAGAGGAGCGACGAAGAGGACUCGAGGGACUGCAUCAGGAAGGAAGCUGACAUGGAGGACGUGGUGAAUGAGCCUGUGAUGCCUGACGAACUCCCUGUCAGGAGGAAGAGGACAGCUGACAUGGCUGGCUCGUACGACUGGACACCCCAGCUGACGGAGCCAGGCUUCUGCGCUGCUCCUGUCUCCUGCUUCAAACACGCCCCCAUCUCCGAGAUCUGGGACAACAUCACGGUGGGCAUGAAGGUGGAGGUGGAGAACACCGAUUGCGAUGAGGUCUGCGAGGCCUUUCCAGACUCCUUUUGGGUGGCCACUGUACUCAGGAUCUCGGGGUAUCGAGCACUCCUCAGGUACGAAGGAUUUGGCCACAACUCUGAAAAGGACUUUUGGGUCUCCCUCUGCUCCAAUGACAUCCACCCAGUGGGCUGGUGUGCAACAAUCGGCAAGCCCCUCAUCCCCCCAAACUCAAUCUCCAACAAGUACAAAGACUGGAAGGACUUCUUGAUGCGUCGUCUCACCGGUGCCAGAACCCUCCCCACCAACUUCUACAACAAAGUGAAUGACAGCAUGAAGUCCCGAUUCCGCUGUGGCCAGCACUUGGAAGUGGUGGAUAAGAAUCGAAUAUCUCAGGUGAAGGUGGCGACAAUUCAGAAGAUUGUGGGUAAACGCCUGCACGUGAGGUACUACGACUCAUCGCCAGAUGACAAUGGCUUCUGGUGUCACGAGGACUCGCCCUUGAUUCACCCUGUGGGCUGGGCCAAACGUGUGGGCCAGACCCUCGACGCCUAUCCAGACUACCUCGACAGGAUAAACACAGGGAGAUUAUCCCAGGAGGACGCCACUGAUAACCUCUUCCACGUGCCAAAGAACCAUCACCUCGCUCUGGGGUACACUUUUCGUGAAGGAAUGAAGAUCGAGGCGAUUGAUCCGUUGAAUCUAUCAGCCAUCUGCGCUGCCACCAUCAUGCAGGUGCUGAAAGAGGACUACAUAAUGAUCAGGAUUGACAGCUACGACGAGGACACAAGUGGCUCUGACUGGUUCUGCUACAACGUCAGCUCGCCGUGCAUUUUCCCCAUUGGAUUCUGCGCCCAGCAUGGGCUCCCCCUGACCCCGCCAAAGGGCUGCGACCCAACAGCAUUCACGUGGGACAGUUAUCUGGCUGAGUCUAACACAGUGCCAGCACCAGUGCAACUGUUCAACCGCGAAGUACCCCAGCACGGUUUCGUCGAGGGGAUGAGGCUGGAGGCAGCCGACCUGAUGGAUCCCAGACUCGUCUGCGUUGCCACCAUCACGAGGGUCAUUGGGAGACUCCUUCGGGUGCACUUCGAUGGCUGGGAGGACGAGUACGACCAGUGGCUCGACUGCCAGAGCCCUGACAUUUAUCCUGUGGGCUGGUGCGACCUGGUGGACCACAAGCUCGAGGCACCAAGGAUUCUCGUGAAGAAUUCCACUGUCAAGAGUCCCAGUGUGAAGAGCCCACGUGGAUUCAAGCGCAAAGCCAAGAGAAAAGUCAGGAAGGGAAAGGCUGGGGGGAGGAAUAUUCUGCCCAGGCACAGUGAGAGGCUGGGGGGCCUCAGGGAGAGGACGAGGGGCAGGGAGGAGAUGGGAAUGGAGCCGGCGUUGGGGACGAAGAUCGAGAGGAGGGAGGUGGAGAGCUUGCCCCAGGAGGUCAAGAGGGAACCUGCACCUGCCGAGGAACCUGGGGGGGUUGAUCAGAUGCUACCCAGUGCUGCUAGUGGCCAGGGCUGUGGCGACGAUAACUCUAACCCACCGAAGGAGAGAACUGCUACUUCUUAUAUUCAUGUGAAUACAACGAGUGGCAAAUACAUUCCCAGAAUAGCCGAUGGUUGGCACAGAAAUACCGAAAAUGGUGACUUAGUACCGAACGAGUGGAAUGUAUUCGACGUAGCCCAGUUUCUACGUGUUAAUGAUUGUGCAACAUACUGUGACAAUUUUAGUAAACGUAAAAUUGACGGUAAAACAUUACUCACCUUAACAAAGGACCAAAUCAUAGAUCUAACAGGCUUCAAAGUGGGCCCAUCACUGAAAAUAUUUGAUCUGAUACAACAGUUAAAAAUCAAAGUUAAUCCAGCUCAGGAAAGGUUGAAACUAGGACUGAAAAAAAUAUUAUAACAAAGAUAGAACUUUUAGAGUAGUUUUUUUCCGGGUACUUUUCGAAUUCCUCGUGGAUUUUUCGAUUUUUUUUACUUAGGAUUAGGAUAGAUAUCAUGGAAUAUGAUAAGGCGUGUGACUACGGUUAAGUGAAUUAUUGUCGAAAUUUUUCGAUUAUUUUUUUUUCGAACAGAAUUAUUUUUACUUGAGGUAAUUAUCGGGUGGAAGAUGAAAAAUUAAUUAGUUGGUUCGACCGAAGGUUUUUCGAUGAAUUAUCGAUGCGAAUUUAAAAUUUGUUGUCUGUAAUGAAGUGAAAGGAUCAUUUUUAGUGUUAAUUUGCAUCAUUCACGUAAUUAUUCAUCCUUGAAUAGUCAUGAAAUACAAACAGUGCCAUUGAAAUUUUCUCAGAAGCAGUAGUUCCUUUAUUUCACUUCAUUACAGAUCGUUUGAGAUGGAAAAAGUGAUACUCCUCUGGCUUUUCGAUUCACAGACGUAGUGAUGAAUUGUUUUAAGGCUUCUUAUCCGAGUAAUCGUUCGUUGUACAUAUGAGAAUAAUGGCCUUGUAAUCUACGAUCCUGUGAAUAUUAUAUUUAGUGGCAGUUGAUGCUGAAGUAUGCAAUUAUUGAGAGCCAAUGCAGCACUUAAUAGUCCGAUAGUUCGUAGCAGAUUCGGUUUAAUGGAAAUGUCUGGGAUUGUUCAGUUGUCAAGUGGGGGAAUGUAAUAGGAGAGGACAAUUUUGUCGGUUUUUAAUUGUUGAAUCGUCUCGGUAUUGAGAGAUUUUAGUGCAAAAUGUUGACACAUGUUUCUGAGGGGAGACAAAAAUCGAAAUUUUGUCUUUCAAGAAAUGUUGGAGGACAUUUUUGUAGAGAAUUUUUUCAUCUAUAAAAAAUGUCUGGAGAUAUUUUCGUCUAAAAUCAAUAUUCUUGAGAUAAUUACGAACUUAAUGAGAAGAGACAACACGUAACAGCAAAAAAUGAUUUUUGAUGUUUCGUUAGUCGUUCAAUUAUCCUCGUAAUGACUGAGUUUAGAAGGAAAUGUGAAAAGACAUUUUUGUAGAGAAUUUUCCCGGCUACAAAAAAGAUCUAGAGACAUUUUGCGCUAAAACUACUCGUUUUGGACAUAAUUCCAUGUUUCGUUCUACCACUUUGAUACUGAAUUUCAAAAAAGAAGAAUUUGUGUUCGUGUUCACUGGAAUUUGCAAGUACACGUUGUUUAUCAGAAUCACGCCGAAUUUAGGAGUUAUUUUUACACUGGUGCAUUACUACGACUGUACAGAUACAAUAGGUAUAGAAUAUUUCGAUGAAAUAAUCGUAUUAUGGAUUUCUGCUCCGAUAAUUCUGAACUGAAGAGGUCAAAUGUUGAGAGACAUUCGCAGAUAAUUUUUUCAGAUCAACAAGAUCAUCUGAAAAUGAGUGAAUAAUUGAGGAGAAAAGGCUCCUGUGAACUUCAUAAAAAUCCAAUUUCAUUAAUCGCGAAAUUGUCUCGUUAACGACUGAUCAUAAAGAAAAAUGUCCGUCAUUUUACCCUCCACUUCAGAAUUCACCCCUCUUUCCCCCCCUGAAGCCAAUUACCUCAUGAACAACAAAGCAAUGACCAUUUUCAUUAAUUAAAGAUGAAGAGAGAAAGAUCUGAACCACAAAAUCUCAAUUUUUUAUACAAACACCAAGAGAUGAACCCAAUUUAUCAUCUCAAUCGCCUCUUUUUCACGAAGAAGAUGAAUUAUCAUUGGUCUCUGAUUAUCGCACGUUGAUAACAACAAUGUACGGUAUAAAGUACAUUAAUUCGAUAGUAAUAAUUAAAAUCUACAUUAGGAUAAAAUUAAGGUGAAGCCAAUAAUGGUUCGUUCAAAGUGAAUGAAAAAAUUGUGCAAGAAAAAUCGCUCUCAGUCUGAACGAAAAUCUCAUUCGACUAUUUAGAAGAAGGCAACUGUUAAAAAUCGAGACAUUUCUAGAGUUGUCUCUCCGUAUCAUAUAGACAAAAAUAAAAAAAUAUGAGUGAGAGGAUUUCAUCUGAGAUUCAGAGGAAAAUCAUUAUUCCGUAUUCAAUAUUAUGUUAAGUUACUCGUCGCUAUAAUUUUCACUAAAGGUUUAAUUGACUUAUCGAUAAUAAAAAAAAAACAGAUGGCAAUUACGUAUUUUUAUCUGUUGCUAAUGUGGAAUUAAUUGCAGUAUUUAUGAGGAGAUGGGAGAGUGGAGGGAUGAAGAAUCAUCUCGUCUCAUUCGUCAACUUAUUCUUAUAUUUAUGAUUUUAUAAAUGGAAUA